AAAGAUGCUGUUAAGGGUGGCUGGGGGUGGGGAAAGGGGGACUGUGGCUGAGCUUGGCAGUCAGUGCUGUGAAGAUGGAAGAACGUCAACUUGAUAAGACCCCAGAUGAAAGGUUGAAGAUGAGGUUUGAAUAAAUCGUUGGUUUGAUAUUCUGUACUGUCUCCGUGAGCUGACGUGAGCCAAUGCCUGAAGUGCGGAGAUGCUGACGGGAGCCAAGCAGGCUCCACAUGUGGUUCCAAUGCGAGUUGGGGUCAAAGUAGGAGACAUGUUCCUUCAGGAUACCAUUCUGUGUGAUGGCCUAAUGGACGCCUUUUAUAACUACCACAUGGGUGUAACAGCUGAGAAUGUGGCGAUGCAGUGGCAUGUGAGUCGAGAGGAGCAGGACAAGUUUGCUGUACAGUCCCAGAAUCGAACUGAGGCAGCACAGAAAGCUGCCUAUUUUGAAAAAGAAAUUGUUCCUGUCUCCGUCCCUUCCAGGAGAGGGCCUAUCGAGGUGACAACCGAUGAGUUUCCCCGUCACGGAAGCACUUUCGAAGCCAUGUCUAAACUAAAGCCGGCUUUCGCAAAGGGUGUAUCUGGCACUGUCACUGCUGCUAAUGCUUCGGGAAUAGAUGACGGGGCCGCAGCUGUAAUUCUGAUGAAGAAAUCAAAAGCUGACAAGAAAUGCCUGAAACCUAUGGCUCAGAUUGUAUCCUGGGCUGAGGAUGGUUUGGAUCCUGCCAUUAUGGGAGUCGGGCCUAUAGCAGCAAUAAGGAAGGCCGUAGAAAAAGCCGGCUGGACGCUGGAUGAAGUUGAUCUCUUCGAAAUCAAUGAAGCUUUUGCAUCACAGUCUGUAGCUGUUGUCAAGGAACUUGGUAUAAACCCAGAGAAGCUGAGAAAUGUGAACAUCCAAGGUGGUGCUAUUGCUUUAGUUCACCCUCUGGGAAUGUCUGGGUGCCGCAUUCUGGUUACACUUCUCUACGCACUGGAGAGAACAGGAAAAAAGCGUGGCAUUGCUUCUUUGUGUAUAGGAGGUGGAAUGGGAAUAGCUAUGUGUGUUGAAAGGCAAUAAAUUACUCCUAAAUUUUACGACAAGAACUGAAGAUACUCUGCAGCUAAGCUACUGACUGGAUAAAAUUGAGGUUUUAUUUUAGAGGUUACAGCCUGAUUCCAAUGAAAUGUAGGUGCAUUUUGUUUUUAUAAUGAAUGUGUAAAGUAGGUAGGUUUUAAAACUAUUCAAAACUUCAGUCCACAUAAAAUGGUUCUGAAAAUUAGUGUAACUUUUAAAUAUUUGAUUAAAUGUACUGAAGUUUGAAAUCAUAGUAAUAUUGUGUAUGUGCAAUCCAUACUUUUGUUAAAAUUCAUAAGUUCCUUCCUAUUAUCUCUCAAUUCAGAUUGACCAUUUUUUUCUUUAUGAAAUAAAUUGCUCAAUGUACCAUU